CGCGAGCCCGUUUCUCGCUAAGAAACGCUCAGGGUCAAGUAGGCGCGCACACAGGGGCAGGCGCAGGUCACCUGCAUGCCGAAGCGAUCAGAGUGGACGAGGACUGCUUUGGCCUUCUCCUCAGGCUCCUUAGACUCCUUCCCAGACUCCGACUCCAACCCCACUUCCUCCGGCUGGAACAGGUAAACUGAGGAGAGACCAUCCAGAGCCCGGGGCACGCUUCCAUGGGGUAUCAGCACCGUUGCCGCCGCUGCCGCCGCCGCCGCCGCCGCCUCCUAACACGACUUGCUAGCGCGAGGGGGCGCCGCUUCCUGGAGCCACGUCUCGGCUUCCGGGCGCUCUAGUGCCUAGCUCAUCACAGAAAGCCAGCGGGGACUUCCCCUUCCGGCCGGCUCCGGCGCUCAACUGGUGCAGGUCAGCUCGGCGUGCUCUCCGUAUUAUUGCGUCCGCCUUCCCCGUGGUAGCGCGGGAAACGCCUCCUCACCGCGCCGCGCGCAGACGCAGCGCUGAGGACCCAGAACAAAGAAUGACCUGCAGAGCUGGAGUCAUGGCGGCCGCGGAGCAGAACCUUGUCGUUCCUGGGGCCCCCGCUCAGCCGCGGGAGAAAGAGGAAGGAGCGGGCCUGAGCUUAGAGCCGGAGCGUAAGUCAGCGAGAUCUUCGUCGACUCCUGAGGCCCCACCGCCUGCCCACGAGCCCUCCAACCCCAAGGCCGCGGUCCCCGAAGAGAUCCCUACGCCUCCCGCGGCGGCCUCCGUGACCCCGGCGCUGCCCCUCGGGCCCGCUUCCCUGAGCCCUGCGCCGCUUCCCGAAGCCGCUCCGCGCUCCCCGCCAGGCCCUGGCUCCCGGCCCGGCCCGGAGACGUUCCGCCAGCGUUUCCGGCAAUUCCGUUACCAAGAUGCGGCAGGCCCACGGGAGGCGUUCCGGCAGCUGCGGGAGCUCUCCCGCCAGUGGCUGCGGCCCGACAUCCGCACGAAGGAGCAGAUCGUGGAGAUGCUGGUGCACGAGCAGCUGCUUGCCAUCAUGCCCGAGGCGGCGCGGCCUCGUCGGCUUCCCCGCCGCCCCAAUGCGCGCAUCACUGGCUGAGCGGCGGAGCUGCGGCCGGCCGGGCCAGUAGCUCCCUGGACUGGAGCCAUGAUCGGGUCCCAGGGCCAGAGCUUGUCUUCCCAUUCCGCGUUAAUGAAAAACGAGUUUUGGCAGCCCCUGUAAUCUGGUGUGUCCCUUUUGUCCCGUUAGUCCCCGAGUUUAUUUUCCCGAGCCUGUUUUCGACCUUUCUGGCAGUGGCGAAACCAAAUUGGGAGCCCGUGAGAAUAAAGCUUGUUUCCUAUUCA